AUGUUGCUGAGAUUCUCCGCCCUUGUCUCUGCCGUAUCUGCUCUGCAGUUUUUGCCGCCAGUUCAAUGGAGCCUCAACGUCUCCACUGGCGCUUUCUCCAUCGCUACAUCGGCUAAAACUAUUUACAUUGAGAGCAAAUUUGCCUCUCAUGUUGAUACAGGAGGCUUGACGCUUAUUCCGCCUUCCGCAUACGAAUUUGCAGAGACAUUUCUCGAAGACCUCGAGCAGAUUACCGGAACGAAUUGGACCCUUCAACGCAUUGGAGUGCUGCCCAUGGAUGGAUCUGGGAUAUUCCUCGGCUCACUUGGGGGUAAUACCUCUGCCUUGAAGUAUGAAAAUGGAGAUGUCACCGAGGAAGGAUACGAGCUCGAAGUGCAAGACUCCAGCGUCUUCAUAAGGGGACAAGGUGCUCGUGGAAUGUGGUGGGGGACCCGAACGCUGCUCCAACAACUUCUCCUUGCGAAUGGAUCCUCUAUUCCUGCCGGUGGAAAGAUCACAGACGCACCUGCAUACUCGACUAGAGGUUUCAUGCUAGAUGCGGGAAGGAAGUGGUACGCGCCGUCCUUUUUGAAAGAUCUAUGCACAUAUGCAUCAUUCUUUAAGAUGUCAGAAUUUCACUAUCACGCAAGCGACAAUUACCCAUUAAAUCGCGGACACAACGAGACGUGGAACUUAGUUUACAGUCAAUUCUCCUUGUAUCCAGAAAACCCUGACCUCCAAGGGAUCGUGCAGAGGCCAAAUGAAACUCUCUCCCGGGUCGACUUCGAGGACUUCCAAAAGCAUUGUGCGCAAAGAGGUGUGACGGUUAUACCAGAGAUUGAAGCUCCUGGUCACUGUUUGUCCAUCACCAAAUGGAAGCCAGAGCUUGCAUUGGCGACAAAGGAUCUCCUCAAUCUAACACACCCUGAUAGUAUUCCCACCGUCAAGAGCCUAUGGGCCGAAUUUCUACCAUGGUUCCAAACGAAGGAAGUCCAUAUUGGUGCUGACGAAUACGAUUCCACGCUCGCAGAUGACUACAUUCGGUUCGUGAAUGAAAUUUCUGAUUUCGUCAACUCCACAUCUGGCAAGAAAAUUCGGAUUUGGGGCACGAACGAGCCCUCUAAAAAUCUCACCAUUUCAAAGGACAUCAUUAUACAGCAUUGGCAGUACGGAGAGUCGGAUCCUGUUGAGCUGCAUAACGACGGAUAUCAACUCAUCAACUCCGAAGAUUGGUGGGCCUACAUGUCCUUAAAGAACGACCACAUGCCCAUCAACCCUGCUCCAUAUCCACAGUUCUACAAUGUAUCCCGCGUCUUGAACUUUGCGAACCAGCCAGACUGGCAAUGGAAUCCAGCCUUAUUCAACUAUGUCAAUAAAACAGAGCAGCUCUCAAGUAAUGUAUCGGGCAACAAAGGUGCAAUCAUGGCCACGUGGAAUGAUAACGGUGUUGACGCUACCACUCAGCUUGAGGCAUAUUACGCUAUGCGUAAGGGUAUACCCAUCGUAGGAGCAAAGGCUUGGUCAGGAUCACGAGGGCAAGUGGUUGUUCCGGACACUUCAGACGCCUCGAUUGAGUUCCUCUCUUCUAAUGCCCCUGGCCAAAAUCUCGAUAGGAAGCUCCCCGGCGAAGGUAAGGCCUCCAGUUCACUCUUUUCGUGGGCCCGAUCGACUUCAAACAACGACACUAUCACGCUAGGACGUGGUAGCAAGGGCAUGAACUACUCCCUCUCGCUCUCCAUCACUGGCCCAUUCACUUUAUCGGGGCCUGACACGACUCUCUCACUGUCUGGAAAUGGUACAUUAGUUUUCACCACGUCCGAUGGAUGGGAUUAUCCGCUCCGAUCGACCAAUAUUGCCGAUGGCUUUGAUCCGGGCAUGCCUGGGCGCAUUUGGACGAAUCUAACCAGUUCAACGCAUGUGCCGGUCACGGUGGCCGUCCCAGCUGAUAUUGUCAUUACCGGUGAUGUGAUCGGAGGCUCUAGAGUAUGGGUCAAUGGCACCUUUGUGGGGCGCUUCGAGGUGUUCGUUUUCGGAGGCAGAAAUACGCUGUUCAGUUGGAGCCAGAUGGCUUUCGUCGCGCCAUUGGAAAGUGUGAAAGGAGGUGUGCAAUCGUUAGAAGUCAACGCGUUCACCCCAGGAACGAGUCCAAGUUCACCGCCACCGCCAGUUUCUAACACGGCUACACGAGUAGGGUACAGCUGGAUUGUAUGUGCUACUGUUUCAAUAGCUGUGGUAUUUUUGGAAUUCUAG